UAUAAUCGAAAUAAUCGAAUCCGAAUAUAUCAAACUGAAUCGAGAAAAAAAAAAGACGCACGUCAUAAUGAGACGAAAUCUUCAUAGACAAAACAAGUCAAAAAGUCCAACCACUAUAAAGAAACAAGAUGCUUCUCGGUCCGAUCCUCGAACCUCACCUGAACUCUCCAAUGUCUAUUCUCGGAGCUUCGACCUUUAUAAACCUUCUUUCCUUCACUCCCUCUUCUCCACUUCCACGCACACACACAAAUAUAUAUACACGCACACGCGCAUAUAUAACAGGGAGAGGGAUCUAGAGUUAAUUAGUAGUGAAUUACAGAUGGAAAAUAACGAAGAAGCUUUAGCCCUUGAGCUAGUAAGGCAACAUCUUCUCACAGACUCCACGUCCAUGGAAACAGGUUUCAUCUCCAAUUUUUCCAUUAGUCGUGUCGUUUCUACAACUAUAGAAACCAACCCAUCUCUGUUUUUCAAUCAAGUUCAAAACUUUCACAUGGAAACGAGCCCUAAAACGCUCCAACCCCAAAACCCUAAACCGAGUUCGACUCUUAACCAACGUAAACCGCCCUUACCGGAUAUCUCCGUGCCGAGAACCGGAAACGGCGCGGAAGGGGAGGACAAGAAGCACUACAGAGGCGUGAGGCGUAGGCCGUGGGGAAAAUACGCGGCGGAGAUAAGGGAUCCGAACAGAAAGGGCGCGAGAAUCUGGCUGGGGACGUACGACAGUCCCGUCGAGGCCGCCAGAGCCUAUGACGUGGCGGCGUUCCGGCUGCGCGGGAGAAAAGCCAUCUUGAACUUCCCGCUCGAGGUGGGGACUACCAUCCACGGCGGCUACGACGGAGGAGCUGCGGUGGAGGUAGGGAAGAGGAAGCGGCCGGAUAGUUUUUCUCCGGCGGCGAGGGUUAAGAUGGAGGCGGAGGAGGGAGGUGAUGAUAUGACAGAGACUGCGACAGAUUAUAACGUGAAGAUGGAGGUGGAGGAAGAGGGAGAAAAAGAAGGGUGUGAUACGGCGGAGAAGGCGGCGCCGUUAACGCCGUCAAGUUGGAUGGGGUUUUGGGAUGUGAGUGGGGAUGGGAUAUUCAGCGUUCCUCCGUUAUCUCCGACGUCUCCGAGUUUCUCCGUCAUCUCCUUCACCUGAGAGAGAUUGUUUGAGUUUUGAAAAGUCAACGAGGUUGAAGAUGACGUGUCUGGUUUCAUUAUAUUACAAUUUUAUAUAGCUCCAUCACUGUAAAUUGUUAUAUUGUAUUUAUUCGUUUUAUUUCUUGGAAUAAUUUCGGAUGGUUAGACAAAAGAAAUGUAUUUCUGUUUUGGAUGUUAUCUUUGUCGGAUUGUCUUGUAAUGAAAUUUAUUAUUCGUUCUGUUA